CUUUACAAAGCUAAGAAAAUCAAUAUUUUGACUCAUCGGGCUCAUCAGCAAAAAGUUUUCUCUGCAUUUUGUGAGUAAAUUAAGUGAGAAAAGCAACUUCUUGGAUAUUCUCGGUGAUCUUAAAAAGAAGAAGAAUGUCUGUGGAUAUAAAAUCAUUCCUGCAUCAAUGGUGCUCCAAGGAAAAACUUGCUAAUCCAAAUUAUGACAUCCGGCCAACAGGCCCAAAGCAUCGUCAACGCUUCCUCUGCGAGAUCCGGGUACCGUCUAUCCCAUACGUGGGGGCUGGAAAUUCAACUAACAAGAAGGAUGCCGAGAAGAAUGCUUCGCGUGACUUUGUCAAUUAUCUCGUACGUGCUGGACGUGUUUCUGGGGCUGAUGUCCCUACGGAUGCCAUGGAGGGUGAUGCUAUCCCACGCCCAGAUCCAGGAUUAGCAGGUCCUCAUGGGGGUCCUCAGCAUCCGAAUGUCCCUGCAAAUGUGUUUCAAUCCGGAAUGGGCCCUUCGGAUUUGGGAGAAGCCUACCGUCCGGUUCAUCAGCAGGAUCAACGAGACUACGGUCCACAAUCCUAUCUGGAUCGUGCUGAGCAGCAGCUAAAGAUGGAGGAAGCUGAAUCAUUGGACGUGAAUGCAGCCAUUCAUGGGAAUUGGACCAUUGAGAAUGCCAAAUCAAAGCUGAGUCAAUUUCUGCAGAUGCACAAGAUUCAGGCCAACUACAAGUACACUCCCGUUGGUCCGGAUCACUCCAGGAGCUUCAUGGCUGAACUUACAAUCUACGUUAAGCAGCUGGGACGAUCAAUUACAGGACGUGAGACAGGAUCUAACAAACAAUCGGCUAGCAAGUCAUGUGCUCUGUCUCUGGUUCGUCAACUCUUUCAUUUGGGCGUCAUUGAGGCCUUUACAGGAAGUCUCAAGACAGCAAAGAGCGAUGAUCAGAUGAAGCCGUAUCAUGUUUGCAUAAGUCCAGAAUUGCAGCAGAAGAUUGAAGCCUGCUUAGCAGGACUGAAUAUUCAGCCGAUAAGUCCACAAGCGGCACCACGUAUAAAGCAGGAAGAUGGAACAAUGCAACCGUUUAGUCUUUUGAUCCCCUCCAAUGAGCCACGUGUCGAUCGGAUGCACCUACAAAAUCAGCCGGGAUCGGUGAUUUCGUGGUCACCACCCCAGCAAAAUUGGAACCCAUGGCUAGCGUGCAACAUUGACGAAGGCUACCUGUCCACUGCAACACUCGAUCAACUUAGUGAUGAUCUGUCGCAGAGUGACAAGGAGCGUAGGAUGAAUGAUACCCAACUGCAGGAGAUGCUAAUGACGCGUGAGAAGCUUCCAAUUUCCGCAAUGCGCAAUGAAAUAAUGGCAGCAAUCAAUGAUAAUCCCGUUGUCAUUAUUCGCGGCAAUACUGGAUGCGGUAAAACGACUCAAAUUGCCCAAUUUAUCCUGGAGGACUAUGUGAAAUCCGGACAGGGUGCUUGGUGUAAUGUCUGUGUGACACAACCACGACGUAUUAGUGCGAUUAGUGUGUCUGAACGCAUUGCCAAUGAGCGAAAUGAGAAUUUGGGUGAAGCCGUUGGGUAUUCCGUGAGAUUUGAAUCAGUUAUCCCACGCCCAUAUGGAUCAAUUCUCUUCUGUACCAUUGGGGUACUUUUGCGUAAGCUCGAGGCGGGUCUUCGUGGCGUCUCGCACGUGAUUGUGGACGAAAUUCACGAGAGAGACGUGAAUAGUGACUUUAUAAUGGUCGUGCUGAAGGAUAUGGUUCAUACUUAUCCGGAUUUGCGGGUAAUUCUCAUGUCAGCCACCAUUGAUACGACACUCUUCUCGGAAUACUUUGGUCGUUGCCCUGUGAUUGAGGUCCCAGGGCGUGCGUAUCCCGUUGAACAGUACUUCCUCGAGGAUUGCAUUGAAAUGACCAAUUUUAAGCCAUCCCCUGAUAGUAGGAAGCGCAAGAAGGACGAUGAUGGUGAUGAACCUCCUCCCACGACAAAUGAGGAAGCUGAGAAGAAUCUCAAUGUUGACAUUGGCCCACAGUAUUCACCAAGUACGAGGACUACAAUGGCUCAAAUGUCUGAGUCUGAAGUGAGCUUUGAACUAGUUGAGGCCAUUUUGAUGCACAUCAAGAAGAUUGGAGUUCCAGGAGCAGUUCUGGUCUUCCUACCCGGAUGGAAUUUAAUCUUUGCCCUGAUGAAAUUCCUCCAGAACACACAGGAAUUUGGCUCAGCUGGCUAUCGUAUUCUCCCGUGUCAUUCGCAGAUCCCACGGGAGGAUCAACGGAAGGUUUUCGAACCUGUCCCACCGGGUGUCCGGAAGAUUAUUUUGUCGACAAAUAUUGCUGAGACGAGUAUCACAAUUGAUGAUAUUGUCUAUGUCAUUGAUAUCUGCAAGGCACGCAUGAAGCUCUUCACGUCACACAAUAAUCUCAUUAGCUAUGCCACUGUAUGGGCAAGUAGGACGAAUUUGGAGCAAAGGAAAGGUCGUGCUGGACGUGUACGUCCGGGGAUGUGUUUCACACUGUGCUCUAAGGCACGCUUUAAGAGUCUCGAGGAGCAUUUAACGCCCGAAAUGUUCCGGACACCACUGCAUGAGCUGGCGUUGAGUAUUAAACUCCUUCGUUUGGGCUCCAUUGGGCAGUUCCUGUCGAAGGCCAUUGAGCCCCCACCGUUAGAUGCCGUGAUUGAGGCUGAGGUACUUCUCAGGGAGAUGAAAUGCCUCGAUCAUGAGGAUAACUUGACACCAUUGGGGCGUAUUCUGGCACGAUUGCCGGUUGAGCCACGCCUGGGAAAGAUGAUGAUCUUGGGAUGUGUCUUCCUCGUUGGAGAACCUCUAUCCGCCAUGGCGGCUUUCUCGAGCUCCUUCUCCGAGGUGUUCUCCCUCGAAAUGGGCCAUCGUCGCCUCAGCAAUCAUCAGCGUGCCCUCGGUGGUACCAAGCACUCCGAUCACGUUGCCAUGCUCGUAGCAUCGCAAAUGUGGAGCAGUGCUCGUGUAAAGGGGGAAGAGGCGGAGAAGAAUUUCUGCGAGUGGAAGGGACUCCAGCAACCCACAAUGCGUGUCACGCACGAAGCAAAGCGUCAAUUGAUGGAUUUAAUGCUACAAGCGGGCUUUCCGGAAGAGUGUCUCCUGGACUAUCAUGUGAAUGCCAAUGUUCCGGAUCCAGUACUCGAUGUGGCCAUUGGAUUGCUCUGUGUAGGACUCUACCCAAAUGUGUGUUUGCACAAGGAGAAGCGCAAAGUCCUCACUACUGAAUCCAAGGCAGCUCUCAUCCACAAAACUUCCGUCAACUGCACCAAUCUUCAGUGUACCUUCCCAUAUCCAUUCUUUGUCUUUGGCGAGAAGAUUCGCACACGAGCUGUGUCCUGCAAGCAAAUGACAAUGAUUUCGCCCAUUCACAUCCUUCUCUUUGCUUCAAGAAAGAUUGACAUGGUGGAUGAGAAAAUUGUACGUGUUGACAAUUGGUUGAAUUUUGAGAUGGACCCGAAGCAGGCAAGUCUCAUUUGUGCCCUGCGUCCGGUGAUUGAGAGUCUCGUGGUGAAAGCUUCAGAGUCUCCGGAUGAGGUUCUGCAGCAAGAGGAGGCGUAUGGGAAUGCAAUUGCCGCCAUUAAGGAUCUCUGUGUAAUGGAAGCGGGUGACCAUGAGAUAACACGCGACAAGGGGAUGCUGCCACAGGGAUUCAGACGACGUGAUGACGAUGGGCCACCAAAUAAAUUCCCCAGAGGUGGAGGAUUUGGUCGUGGUGGCUUUGGAGGUGGCUUUGGGGGUGGAUAUGGACGCGGUGGGGGAUUCGGAGGCCGCGGCGGAGGUUUCAGAAGGGGGGGCUAUGGUGGCUAUGGGGGAGGUGGAGGUUAUCGCGGUGGUCGUGGUGGCUAUGGAGGAGGAGGUGGAGGCUUUGGAGGUCAAUGAAUAUUCAUAUUAGUAGAAUAAUUAUGCAAAAUGGCGUCAGCAGACGCCUAAGACGGGCUUUUAAGUUGUAUUUCCAAAAAGUAACUGAAUUUAUGUAGUUUCUUUUUCAAAUUAUAAUUUUCUCAUAAAAUAAUCUUUAUUGAAUAAAUCAAUAAAUAUGGA